AUGGCAGUCAUGUCUCUGAAUCUUAGAUCAAAAUUGAAACCCCUGUUGAAUUUGUGUAGAACCUUCUCUAACGCUCCUCUCCCCGUCUGUUCAAAGGAUAAGAGCAAGUUUAUCGCAGACUAUAAGGUGAUAAGAUUUCUCAUACCUAAGACUAAGGACACUAAUAUGAUAGCUGAACUGUAUUCGCUCGCAACUGAUUCAUGGAAACCAGUCAACAUUCCUCCUCACACUAAACCAUGCUGUGGGGGCAUUCGCGUAAAUGAUUCUUAUUACUGGAUAAAUAUCUCACAGAUGGGUUUUAUCAUGUCUUUUAACUUUGUUACUGAGAAGUUUGGUUCACGUCCUAUUCACGUGCCUCAAAGCGAGAAAAUCAGUAGACCAUAUUGUAAUUUGACGCUGGUGGAAUUCGGUGGUUCGCUUGGUGCUGUUGUUUACACGUUAAGUUAUCCUACUGAUGAUCCUAUUUGUAGUUUGGAAGUUUGGGUGUGGGAUGAGAGCAUAUGGACGUGGUCUCUGGUGUCCACGUUCGACGUACCUCGUGCUAUGAGGGCAUGGAGCCUCGUUGGGAGUGAUAAUAAAAUAAUUUUUGGCGAGUCUCUUCAUCUUGAUUUGAUGUUUUUUGAUUAUGCAACGGGCAAGUUGGAGAACAUUGCUGGUGCACCUCAAGCUAUGCCGUCGGUUUUCCUCUACCGCCGUGUCCUCCGCGCGGGGCGUUUCGCGCGGCCAUUAUGUCGUCGCCGCACGUCUUUAGGUGGUUCGUCGGGGUUCGAUGUUCCAACGGGCUUCGGACUGUGCGAGGACCGCUCCCCAAAUUGUCCGUCCACAAACACUUUUCAUUCUCCCAAAUUGGGACAAAUCAAACUGCUAACCCCAAAUUAUUCAGCAAUGGCGAAUAGCUCCGGCAGCGACGUGGAGGCCGGAUUCGCGAAGCUUCAGGGCGAGGACUUCGAGUACUACAUGCAGACCUACUCCAUCAUCCUCGGCCGCAACUCCAAGAAGUCCACCGUCGACGUCGACCUCUCCUCCCUCGGUGGUGGCAUGAACAUCAGCCGCCACCACGCCCGCAUCUUCUACGACUUCCAGCGACGCCGCUUCGCCCUGGAGGGCGUCCUCCACCUACCUGGCAACCCUCCUGUGAAGCUGGACUCGCAGGACCUUCUGCAGAUUGGGGACAAGGAAUUCUACUUUCUGCUUCCGGUGAGGAGUAUUCUAGGGGGCCCGAUCGGGCCCAGGCAUCACGUGGCUAAUCAUCAUCAUCACGAUGGUCAUCAGAGUCGGCAUCAGCAGCAGCGUCAUUUAAUUUUGCCUCCAGUUUUGGGUGGUGGAGUGUAUGGGAAGAAGGGUAGAGUGAGGGAAGAGUAUUAUGAGGGAGACUAUAAUGAGGAGGAGGACUUGGGGAGGAGGACGAGGAGGAUUGAAGCAGGGGUUUCAGGGCAAUUGGAUAAAAACGUUGAUGGACGAUCACGGGUUAACAGGGAAGCUGACAACAAUCAGCUCCUUCAGUUAGAGGAAAAGGAUGUUGUAUCAUCAGUGGCUACUGUCCUGUCAGAUUUAUGUGGUCCUGGAGAAUGGAUGCCCAUGGAGAAACUUCAGUCUGAGUUGAUGGAACAAUAUGGCAAUGUCUGGCAUCAUAGUCGUGUGAGGAGGUACCUCACAUCCGAGGAUUAUUCAGUCCCUGAGGCCCAAGAAAAGCCAUGGUAUGGACUCCUUGUUCUGUUAAGGAAAUACCCGGAGCACUUUGUGAUCAACACAAGAUCGAAGGGCCGAAUCACACACGAGUUUGUCUCUCUUGUCUCACUUAUCUCAUGAGAACAUUUUAGGCGUUUCGUGAAUAUAAUGUGUAGUUAUCUGGACCAUGAUAAGUCAACAUGGUGCAUGUGACAUGUGACAGUACUUUGUGGAUUUUGUCUUGAGAUUGAUUGUGGUUGAUUGAUUGUCUGACGCUACUUUGUGGAUUUUGUCUUGAGAUUGAUUGUUAGAUUGUGCCUUGCUUCUGCUUGCUUGUGAAUUACUUUGUUAUUGUCCAGCCCUUGUGAUCCAUUCUUGUUU